GGAUGGGCAACCAGGUGGCACGCGUCGGACACGCGUCGCACAAGAAGGUGGAAUCGGCGACCGCGGCGGACCGCGCCGGUAACGGGAAUCACGGAAGCACGAACGUCUCCUCCGCCACCUCCGCCGUCUCCAGGAGCGAGCCGGACCACCACAACUCUCACACGCAAUUCUUGCCGAUCGAGAGCCUCGCCAAGAUACUGUCGCAUCUUGCCUCUCAAGAGGAACACGUUAACGGCAUUACCAAGUCUGUAUUCGAACGGUACUUAUUUCCUACUCAUCCCGAACUGAGUGAGAAGCUGUUCAAUCAUCUGCACCACAAUGCCCACGCCACGACCGUGUACUUAAGUACAACAGCUUUCAAGCAGCAAUCCGAGAAGUUUCUGUCGGUAAUGAACGACCAAGCUAUCCUGGAGAAUUACAUAAAGAUGUACUCCGACGGUGGCAACGUGACUCCCGACACGCUGCGGGCGUUACUGACGUCCUGCUACCAGCUGGCGAUGGAAAACAACAGUACCAGUUCGUGCCUUCACUCGCAACAGAUAAUAAACGCAGUCGUUGUUUCAUGUUUUCACGGCAAGACCAGCUUGUCGACGAGUUACGUGAGCAAUUGGAUCGGGCAGCACUGCCCACGCCUGGUGUACGGCCUGCAGCGAUACGUGAUACACGUGCUAACGACUGCCUACCGCAACGGUAAAGCGCUACUGUCGAAGGGGCAACCGCAACCCUCCGUGGAUAUACUUACCCCCGUGUUGGAAAAGUCCGAUCGAGAGUUCCCGCAGGCGGACUUGUUGCCGAUAAGCUAUGUCUGGCUGCUGUCGUGUACGUUGCCGCAGUGCUACCUCCAGACCAACGAUUCACCGAAGGACAUAACUCACGCUUUGAUAGCCAGAAGAACAGGCAGUAUUUGUCCAAGGCAUUGGACGUUACUGUACGAUAGCGGAGAGCACGGGGCCGGGGCUAAUCGCUUCCUUCACCAUGUAUUAGGUUACAGAGGUCCGACUCUGCUAAUUAUAAGAGCCGCUAGCGUAGAGAGCGACGGGGAGUGUCCGACGUAUUGCGUGUGCUCGGCCGUCGAGUGGCGUGAGAGUCAUCUCUAUUGGGGCGACGAAGACUCGAUGGGCGUGCAACUGAUUCCGUCCUAUAAAGUCAUGGCGAAAGGACCGAAAGUGCUUUACCUGAACACGAAUAUCAGGGGCUACCCGCACGGCCUGCGAUUCGGUAGCGAUCCACGCUCGCCGCUUAUCAGUAUCGACGAGGCAUUCCACUCGGUGUCCAUCGCCGGCGCGCCCUAUCGCAUCGCCAGCCUGGAGGUCUGGGGUUGCGGCGAUACGAAGCUGAGGGAGAAGCAAUUGGAGAUCAAGAAGUGGCAGGUGAAAGAAGCGGAGAAACAGAGGGUCGUGAAAUUAAGCGCGAGCGAUUGGCUGGACCAUCCCGAUCGUUACUUACUAGAAUUGGCUGGCAGAGCGUCUUACAACGAGUCUAACAAUUAGAGCACGCACGAUUGAUAACGCGCGUGCUCAAAUAACUGCUCAUAUUUACUUUUUUUUUCUCUCUUUGUACAUAUGUAUAUAGCGGCAAAGAUGUUAUUAUCACCGGAAUUUCUGUACUUAUAUAUGUCGCGUACGAGGAACGUACGCAUGAAAUGUGAUUAUGUGACUUACGUGAAAUACAGGGACUUAUGCUUGACGUACUUAAGCACAAGUGCCAGUUUGUAAUUGUCUA